GAAGCAUCACAAAGAUUCUAUUCGGAGACCGGCACUUGAUCGACGUCGUUCACAGGAAUCUGGUUCUUGCUCUAACCUUGGAAAUUCCAAAGCACAGCCGCGAAACAGUCGUGAUCGGUUAGUCGAUAUUUCUUCGACCUCCCGCCGUUUCGUUCGAUCGUACGUCCGCCACGGUCGUGUUAGAUCCCGCGAAAUUGUCCCACACAAGCGACGGAGAGUGUUGAUCUUGCGAUCGAGAUGCCCAUUUGUACGUGCAAAGAUCGCGCUCUGGACGAGAGCCACGUGUGUCAGAUGAAUCCUUCGGACGAGCAUGAGAAUGUCGAGUGGAAUAUCGAGUAUGAUCCCGCAGUUAGAUAUAGAGAUGGAUCUGUACGACUUCGAAAUCCAAACAUCGAGCUCAUGGAUCAGGAUAUACUGUAUCAUCUUGCUCUGGGUAGCGGCUCCCACGAUCUCGUUGAAAUGUUUGGCGACGUUAAGUUCGUGUGCAUGGGAGGAACACCAAAGCGUAUGGAAGAUUUUGCUCACUUCAUAAUGAAGGAAAUAGGUCACAAGCUUCCGGCAGGCACGACACUUCUUGAUAUUAGCCAGUAUUCAUAUCGUUACUCUAUGUAUAAAGUCGGACCAGUCCUUUCUAUUAGCCAUGGAAUGGGCAUGCCGUCGGUUGGAAUUUUGCUUCACGAAAUGAUCAAGCUGAUGUACCACGCGAAGGUGAAGGAUCCGAUAUUCUUCAGGAUUGGUACUUGUGGUGGGAUCGGCCUUGAAGGCGGCACCGUGGUAAUUUCCGAGGAAGCGGUCGAUGGAAUGCUGAAGUCGUACUUGGAAGUGCCUGUGCUUGGCAAAGUGGUGAGGAGGCCUGCUAAGUUAGAUCGACAACUAGCUCGCGAUCUAAAGGCCCUAGCACACCGUGACGAUCCUUAUGACACCGUAAUCGGUAAAACAAUGUGUACCGACGACUUCUACGAAGGACAGGGGCGUAUGGACGGUGCAUUCUGUGAAUUCACGGAGAACGAUAAGAUGGAUUACUUGAACAAGUUGCACAAAGCUGGCGUAGUGAAUAUAGAGAUGGAGAGUUUAUCGUUUGGAGCACUCACACAUCUAGCGGGCAUUAAGUCUGCUGUCGUCUGCGUAACAUUGCUAGAUCGAUUCAAAGGCGAUCAGGUUCUGGCACCGAAAGAAGUCCUGAAUGAAUGGCAAAUAAGACCGCAACAAUUAGUCGCACGCUAUAUAACGAGAUAUCUUCAACGAAAAGGCCGCCUCUCCUUAGAUGGCCACGGAUCAAUGUGUGUGAAAAGCCCGCGCCGGUUCAAACUGGUGCAACAGGAAUCUGAAAACUACGAUUAAAUUCGAGACGGCCCGAGACUAAAGGAAUUGCCACGAAAAUCUGUUAUGGAGUCUGUUAACAGAUGAAUGUACUGUUAAAAUACAAUGAAAAAGCACGCAUUAGUUGAUUCUACCAACGAUUAGCUUAUUGAUCGGGCGUCGUUUCACUUCUUUAUAUACAUUCAAGUCACAAAUAUUAUUGUUAGUAAGGAAAAAAAGGAAGAAAGAUGUUCCUUCUUAUUUUUUUUAUGAAUUAAACUAUUAUUUAAUUCUUUUUUGUGUGUAGAUUUUACGUACAAAGUAUUUCUUGGAAAGAGUUUACAUAGAAAAGUAAAAUCUCGAUUACCAUAUACGUUGUGAACAUACUUUUGUAAAUCUUGUGUAUUUAAUUAUCAAUGUCGAGUUAUUAAUGAAAUUUGAAGUAUAAAACGAACCGUUAUUUCACAUAUUACGCUGUUACUUCAGCGUCGUAAAAAGUUUCUUAAUGUGUUUUUUUGGUAUUACGUCAUUUUCUAAGUUUCUAACACUGCGUACCUAUGUGUCGUUGUAGUAUUUAACGUAAAAUUUGUAAGUUGCACUUAAGUUUCACGAUAGUUACGAAAUAAAAGCUCAAAGAGUCACAAACCUCAUCAGUUUCGCUGCACAUUAUGGUGCUGUGAUCCAAGUACAAAGCAGCAAGGUAUUUAAAAAAAUAAUUACCAAAGUACAUCAUGUACGUUCGUAAUGACCACACUUGGCCACAUAUCUAUUGUCUGUGUAUUUUCUGAAAGUUUUAUUUCAGACUGCGAUUAUAAUUAUAUGCGAAGACAUAUGAAGAAGUUUAACAUUUAUCGACCAAGAGAACUUUACGUUUUAAUUACGAAAAUAUCAUGUAAAUCUUGACAAAUUUUGUACACGAUGUGCUGAAGUUCUACAACGGAUCUAUGAAUGGUUUAUUGUAGUCCUGUGGUGCUCGCAGUUUUAUUAGUUAUGAAAUUGAUUAAGUACGAAACUGCAAAUUCCUUUAGCUGUGUUUUAAGGACGUAUGAAAUAUCUUACUCGAUAAUGUUAAGAUUCUGUGUAUUAGUAGUUGAUUAGAAAUCUAGCAGCACAUUCCACAUAGUUAAAUAAAAGCAUGCUUUCGUUCAGCUGACGUUUGUGAUGCGAUUGAGGUUCUUUUACAUAUAUGUAUACCAUAUAUUAUGGGCGUAUAUAUAAAAACAACCUCGGCAUUCAGGAUUCAAUCGAGACUGGAUUAAGAAUUCAAAAAUAAAAAGAAACAGAUAUAGUAACGAAAUUUCUGUCAUUAUUUUCGUUUUAUUCUUUGGAACUUUGCUUCCUAGUGCCAAACAAUACAUUUGAAGAAUAAUUUAUUUUAAAUAAAAUUCUUAAUCCUGUUUCAACGUUAUAACUAGUUGAAGUUCUAUGACUAAUAAACACGUUAAAAUAGUUGGUGACAAACCAGUUACGAUUAUCUCAACGCAAGAAUAAGGCAGAUACGGAGACUCCGUAAGAAGUUUAAAUAGAAAAAUAAAUGUAGUUAACGUUUUUAAUUAGUAGCUAUAUUCGCAAGAAUUCCAUGUUAUAUAUAUUUUUAAGGUGUGUAUGUGUUUUUGUAUUAAUAUAAAUUUGUUGAUCGAAGGAUAUGUCGACUCUUGUUCUGGAAUAAAAGUAAGAAGUCGGCAAAUUAAACUAGAUAUUUAUGAAACGUCUAAAAGUAAUCAAUCACUGCAUUAUUAUAUACUAUUGUAACGAUGAUUUUUAAAGGUUUACUAUAAACCUAACAUAUCUUAUUUUCUGGAAACAAGAGUUUAGUAUUAGGCUUUAGUAGUAUCAUAAGUUUUCAUCGCUUUUAUACGUACGAAAUAUUUUGUUAACGGAAAUAUAACAUAAUGGGAAUUAUUUUCGAUUUUUUGAAGUGAUGGAAUGGCGAAUAGGAAAUAUUCAAAGAUUUUUAGUCUGCGUUCUCAUGGACUCUGGAUUCUCUAAAUGUGUUCAACGAAAAACAUUUCUGGAACGGACAAACCUUACAUUUCUUGUAAAUGUUUGACGAAAGCUUAUUUUUGUCUAAAUUUUUAACAUCAUGAAAAGUUGGAUGAAUUUUUUAUGCAAAAACACUACCACGCGCUAAAUGUACCGAAUUUUAAGUAAAUCAUGUCAAGUAGAUUAUAUCAGCUAAUAAAUGUAUUGUUCAUG